AUGGCCUCCCCGCCGCCGGAAUCACCGAUUCGCAUUCUUAUCACCGUGAAACAGAGACACCCUCAAAUAUGGAAAGAGGCAUGGGAACAACCAGAAAAGAUGAUAUCCAGAGUCCUGAAAUACCUCAAGUAUGACAAUUUGGUAUCGCUAAAUGAGAAGUAUGACACCUCGGACUGUCGUUUCAUCGCGGUUGAUCGCUGGGACCCUGUCGUCUUUAUUGUCUUUGACUUAUUCAACACACAAUAUAACCAUCUUGAUGCGCAUCUGGAAGGUAAGAAUGAAUUGCCCGUCAGGGUGGUUCGCAUCUCUCAAGGCGACAACAGUUACCUUAUAAAGGCAUCGGAGGCACAGCAUAUCAAAUACUUGAGUGAUGAGGUUCGGAAUCUUCAUGAAUCGCAUGGGUGGGAAGAGGGGGUGCCUUUCAGGAUCGACCAUCAUAAUGGAGCAUACCCUACCUAUUAUCAUCCGCGAGCACUACCUAAAAGCAAGGGGCACCGUGAAAAGCGCAUCCAUCAAAAUCAUUCCCUCUCUCCAAUGACGACCUACGUAGCUCUGUUACGCGGUAUUAACGUGGGUGGCCGCCGCAAGGUGCUCAUGGCAGAUCUGCGGGAGCUCCUCUCAUCCCUUGAAUUGGACCAUGUCCGGACCUAUCUCCAGAGUGGAAAUGCUGUAUUCACGGCAUCGGAACCACUAGGAGAGAUUCACACAUGUGUUGAUAAAGCCAUAUCUGAACGAUUCUUCAACGAUAUACCCAUAUUUCUCCGCUCUGGGGAGGAUGUCGACGCUCUUAUCAAGGAAAACCCCUUCGUCUCUGAAUGCGACAGCCUACCUAAAUCAGUCCAUGUGAUUUUUCUCUCAUCGUCACCGGAGGCCGAGAAGGUCAAAGAACUGGAUUCUUACGCAACGAGAGAGGAGAAAAUCGUUGCCUACGGUGAACACCUCUUUGUGCAUUUCCCGAAUGGAUAUGGGAAGUCGAAGCUCACGCCGACGGUGGUUGAGCGCAUUCUGGGGGUCUCAACCACUGCUCGCAAUUGGCAGACCAUCAUGGCCUUGCAAUCAAUGAUGGAAGACGACGCCUGA